AUUUAGUAGGUCUAAAACACUCUUUAUAAACAGAUCGUAUUUUAUUUUAAAUAGCUGAUGUUAUGGAAGUUUAAAUAAAAUUAUUGAAAUAAAUUGCAGACAACUAAACUAAACAUUUUGAACAAUGGCAGCAAAUCACAUAAAAGAAAUAAAACGAGAGUUCAUAGACCUAAGCAUACCUAUGCCCUGGGGUCAUAUUGUGGGACGUUGGUAUGGCAAUCGUAAAGUUAGACCCAUCUUGGCCCUACAUGGUUGGCUAGACAAUAUGGGUACCUGGAAUACCCUGAUACCUCUACUACCCGAACAUCUGGGUAUACUCUGCAUUGAUCUACCCGGUCAUGGUUUAUCUCCCAAACUGCCUAAGGGCAUAGUCUAUCAUGCUGUCGACUAUGUCUGUGUAAUAUUACGUAUAAUGGAAGUAUAUGAAUGGAAAAAAGUCUCUAUAUUAGCACACUCCAUGAGCUCUAUGUUAUCUUUUAUAUUUGCCUCUUUGUAUCCUGAUCGCCUGGACAUGCUAAUUAGUAUAGAUGUGGUGCGUACACGUUAUCGAGAUCCGAGCACUCAAUUAGAAUUUAUACGCAAUAAUAUAGAGAAAUAUUUAGUGGAAGAUGAUCGUUUACAGCUGGCCGCUCAAAUGGAACCGCCUGCAUAUACCCAGGAUCAGUUGCUGCAGGUAAUGUUUGAGGGUUCCGGUAAAUCGGUGGCCUUGGAGAAUUGUCAACAUAUUUUAGAGCGUAAUAUCACCAAAUCAGUUAAAUAUCCUGAUAAAUACUAUUUCUCACGUGAUGGUCGUGUCAAGUUCUACUUCGAAUUCACAACAUCACCACCCUUUGCAGCCGAAUUGGCACGACGAAUUCAUGAUGUACCCUACUGUGUCAUUAAGGGCUCACAGUCAAACUUCAUAGACGAACAGAGUGCAGAAGUUAUAGAAAUAUUGAAGGGUAAAAAUCCUCAUUUUGAACUACAUGAAGUAGAGGGUACCCAUCAUGUACAUCUCAAUAAUCCGCAAGGUGUGGCCGCUAUUAUCAAUCCAUUUAUAAAUAGACACCGACCACCUUUAAUAGAGACUUGGUCCUUGAAUGAUGUGAUUGUAAGCGAAACCAUGGAAGAGUGGAGUAUUAAGACGAAAAAACGGAAGAGUAAAUUAUGACUAUUACCUUUCUUUACGAACUGUGCUAUGGAAACCAUAAAAAGCGAUGACGAAUCUAGUGAUAGUGAAAGCAGUUUUUAAUGAAUUGCUAAACCUGUAAGGAUUGUAAAUAUAUACAAGUCAUGCUUAACUGAAAACUAUAAAGUUUGAGCGAUAACUGAUAAGAUUUGGUUUCAAAACAGUUCUGUAAAGAGUUAGUCAAUUAAAAUUAAUUCCGCAAGUGGAAGUUGUUUCCUUAUAUGUUUAUAAAAACCCCUAAUUCUGAAACACGGAAAACAAUUUAUUUUUUUUAUAAAAAAAACACUAAACAUUAUUUGAAAGCAAAGUGAUUUUUAUAUAGGUGCCUAGUUUCUGAAUUAGGCACCCAUACAGAAAUACACAUAGAGUGGAAACUAGAAAAAAACUCAAACAAAAAAAUUGCUCCAAUUCAUAACACAUACGAGUGUUGUUUUUGUUUUCAUAUAGUUUUUUUUUACUAACACAUCACCACUUAUGUUAUUGACAACUGAGUUAGGUCUUUGACAGGAGAGGUUCCUAUCUAGUUGUAUUUAUCUAUGGUCAAACCCUUUAACUUAUUAUAAUAUUAAUAACCCAAAAUUAGCUUAUUUCAAGAGACAAGUUUCAUUAAGUCUUAAAUAUAUUAAAAUUGCCUAAUUAAUUUAAUGUAAAAAUAUUUCUUAAUACUAUUUACAUAUAUUUAAGUAGAACAUUGUAUCCAAUUUUUAAUUUCGCAAAUAUUUUAUGUUAAAUUAACUUCAUAAAUACAACACAAAAUGGCCAACGAUUAUCACCUAAAGUCUAUUUAACCCUCUAACGUGUUACUUUGCUAUUGACAGUUUUUACCCCAAAGUAAAUAAAUUUAAAAUGUUGUGGCCAGAAGUUGAAAUGUUAUGACUAAAAGACUCAAAAGGCAUUAAUAAUAUUUAUUAUGUUUAAAUAAUAAUUACAUUAAGUAAAUAUUUAUAAAUUUACUUUAGUAUUUGUUAUGAUUUUUGUUAUUAAAUAAAUAUUUAUGUAUGUUUAAAUGUGUAGAAUUUAUUUAUUAUUCAAAUAAUAUGUUGUAUAUUUUGUUGAUUUAUUAAAGUUAUAAAUAAAAUGUAAUUUAAAGUAGUAUCUAGUAGGUAAUUUAGAAUUUAUACAUUUAUAAAUUAAUAAAACAUUUAAGCAAGUUUUUAUUUAGAUAUUUAUAUUAAUUUACCAGGAAAAUUUUGUUCAGUUUAUUACAGAAUCACUAGUGCUAGAAUGACAAUAAUCAAAAAUCCUCAAAAAUCGUGAAAAUCAAACUCAAACAAAUUUUUACGGAAAUAUAAAAUAAAAUAUGAAAUAAUUUUAUAGUAUAAAUUUAUUUGUUUUAAAUAAAAUAAAGUUAAUAUAACGAAAAACUAACAUAAUCAGUAGAAAAAUAUUAUAAAAUAAAAAGUAAUUCUUUGAAUAUUUUUAAUGAAAAAAAAAUAAAAUAAACACAAAACAAGUAAGAAAAUAUGGUUGGUCAAGUCCGGCUAUAUAAUAUCCUUCACUAAAAA